AUGCCGAGGUGGCGUCAUGCCGUCCUCCUUCUUGCCUUUCUGUCAUCGUCAGCUGGGUUAGACACCUCGAAUUCGACGUCAACCGCCAAAAAAGGAUCUGAUGGACCACACCUGACCACUGACGAUGAAGGAUUCUUAACUGUUAUUCAAGGUUUUGCAACUCAACUUCAGUGUGUUCUAAACACCUGCUCGAAUGAUGUCAUUUGGUAUAAGGAUGGAAAUCAGAUUUCCAAAGGAUCUCAAUUCUUGAACACGACUUCCGAAAAAGCAUACAAGUUCCAACAUUCCAUUGAGGUUGACUAUGAAAAAGGCUGUUCCGGAGAGUGUGAUGAUUCGAAACCAUGUGGAGAAGGGUAUUCUUGUGUGGAUAACCAGUGCUGCUCGUGUAGAAGAGAGGAAUUCACACUGGUUUUACGGAAUCUGACAUUUGAUGAAUCUGGAAGAUACCGCUGUCAGUUGGGAAACAAAUCCGAAUUACUCGAGUUUCAAGUGGAAGUUCUUGAGUCCGGUCUAAAGGGAGGAUUCCAUGAAAAUAUUUCCUACGACCAUUCCGAAUGUUGCCAAGAAAAAGGAAUCUCUCCAUUGUGCCGAGGAAUGUGUAAACCAUCCGAGAUGGAUCAACAUCAUUUCGACCCCACAAGUUGCAAAACUGACGACUACAAACAUUUCCUUUCAUGUGCCACUGAAGGAGGAACUCGUUCCCAUGUUCAUUGCUGCAAAACUCAACUAGUGCCAAGUUUCUGCUAUGAUUUCUGCUCCGGAGACUUCCAGAUGCUUCGUCGUUCUCAUCGUCUCUGCCUCUACUACCUUCCAGAGAUCUUUUCUUGCCUGGAUCGUGCCUACCGUAUGUUAUCGAACGAGAAAGGGGGUUUGUCCUCGGCUCGUGGCGGUGGUGCAGCCGCCCAUCUAUCGGCAUUCAUGAUUGACAAACCUGUCCGUGGAUAG